AUGGCCGUGAGGGUUACAAUAUUGUUAUUGUUUGUGUGCUGGUUUUCUAAGCUUUAUAUUGGAAUUGGAGCAUACAAAUUAUCAAAAGAAGACGAUUUUGAAUUGCAGGAGCAUGUUACAACUAUUGAGAUGAGACCAAGCUCAUAUCCAGAGGGGAGGACAUGCAAAAAUUCCUCAACAACUAAUCGAUCAAAAAGUUUGUGGGCUGACGGUGAAGGAUGUCCAGUUGGUACUGUUCCUAUCAAGAAAACAACAGAAGAAGAUCUCAUCAAUGCUAAAUUGGCUUCAAAAAUAUAUGAUAAACAAUAUAAACCUCUCACACAACAAGAACCGGGCACACAUUAUGCUAUAUUACACACAAAUUAUGGUACCGGAAAGAAAUUUAAUGGAGGUGGAAUGGAAACAGCCACAUAUAAUCCACGACCAGUCACUGGCUCUCAAUACAGCUCUUCUCAACUAAAGAUUAUAAAUGGUCGAGAUAGCAUGGAAGUUGGAUGGACGGUGAAUCCUACUCUAUAUAAAGAUGAUCGUGUUAGACUUUUUAUUUACACAAAUGCAGGUACAUCACGCUGUUUCAAUACACAUUGCCCUGGAUUUGUAAUUGUUCGAACGGAUGUUCCUAUCGAUCAGAUUCUCGAUCCAAUUUCUCAAAGGGGGAAAAUAUUAUAUGGUCAAACAGUUCUAAUUUAUCGGGAUUCACCAAGUGGAAAUUGGUGGCUUGAGCUUGACCCAGAACAAACUAAAGUUGGAUUUUGGCCGAAACAUAUUUUUACUGGGUUGACAGACUUAGCUACCUCUAUAGAAUGGGGAGGAAAAGUAUAUGGUCCUCACUUAGCUCCAAGUCCACCAAUGGGUACUGGGUUUAAGUUAGAAGUAAACUUGUUUAAGGAUGCUUUUUGCAGACGGAUUGUUACUGUAAAUGAAACUUAUCAAAUUAUUGAUGCUACAGAGAAAUCAACCUAUGCUGACAUCGAACAAUAUCAAGCUAUAGAUGUGGGCUUCUAUAAUCCUACUUAUCGUCAUUUAAUGUUAUAUGGGGGUCCUGGUGGGUACAUUGGAAAAUAA